AUGUUGAUGAAUUUGCCUGUCGAUAUUUGGGAUGGAGUGGCUCAAUAUCUGACUCAAGAAGAUAAGGUAUCACUAACGUAUGUAAGUUCUUCUGUAAGAUUUGCCAUCUUGCCGAUCUUGUACCGGAACUUAUUUCUAAAUGAAAAACCGUGCAUGCACAGUGAUUCAGAUCCGCUUUUAGGCAAUUACUGGUCUGUCCUCAACAUUCAGGAAGCGAGAUACGAAGACGCGGAUCGCAAAUUAGCGGCCUUAAUCCGUACCCUGAGCGAGUCGCCUUUGCUCGCUUCAUACUUGGAUAUUGUUCAUUGUACAUGGCAUUUGGACGUUGCCCUGCUGAAGGAACUGUUGGAGGUGCUGGUACGGCAGGCUGGUAAUCUGAGACAAUUCCGCAAUUUUUUACGCAUGGAACUCGUCGACGAAUUAAAAGCCUUAGGACCCCAAUUGCAUGCGCUGGAUCUCCCCCCACCUGCUGUGCUUCCGCAGAAGCGGGUAAGCAGCCUGUACCUUUCAACUUUAGCCGCUCUGAUACCACAUUACUCGUUCGAGAAUGUCACAUACCUUAAUAUUUACAUGGAUCCAGGUCUCUUCUUUAGCAAUUAUGCUCCCAAUGCACCAAAAUUACGCCUUAGAGAGCUAGGCCUGAGCCUCCGGGGCGAUACCUAUGAUGCUUCUUGUUUCAAAACUUCAAGACUUACCUACAGUGAUGUCUUUGACACGCGCUAUCUCGAGAAGUUAACCAUUCUAUCAUGGUAUGAAACAGAUGACGUUGAUAUUUAUGAAAAAUAUCACUUGUUCGAGUUACUCGAGUUUGUCAAUUUGAGGGAGUUGACGUUUAUGUCUUUUUUCGCUAAUGAUGAUUACCUCCGACAUUGCCUACAAACUUUCACUCAACUUCGUCGCUUGAAACUAGACUACAUGUUUGGACAUACCAUAAAGCAAGGAUUAAUUGAGCUGCUAGCACAGAGCCCAGAGUCUCAAACACUCCAGUAUCUGGAUAUCAAAUUCCGGCAGUUGGACCCUUACUUAGUCACAGUCAACCACGGAAGCGUAUCAUAUUUUGAGAUCAAUGAAACUUGCAUCUGCAGUUCAUGCCAUGAGGUUUUACAAAAUAUUAUUUACAGAAAAAUAUUUCCCACCCAGUCAUCGCUGCACAUUAAAAGUUUCGAGGAUGUUCCGAAGAGGGACAUCAUCACCAGAAUUAUUUCGGUCUCUCCUAUUGUCCCAUAUACCCAAUUCGUGGACUCUCGUCCCGGUCUAUCGUUUGUUCAAGAUCCUGUAGAGGAUGAUGCGCAAAUUAUCAAUAAAGCUUUAGGGAAAAGUGUUCUAACUGCUGGCGACAUUAUAAAAGUUUACCAUGCUCAUUUGCAUUCUUUGAAACGAACUUUCAACUAUUUUCUACAGAGAUUCCCAAAUCUCAAGUUCCUGAAUGUCAACGAUGUUCCGACUUCAGUGAACGAAGGACCUGGCGGUCAGCGGUACAAUGAGCCUGUAUACAAUGGCAAGGGUUACCAUACCAACCAAGUAUAUGAGGUUAUAGACGAUGAAAGUCUGUUUGAUUGA